AAGACGCGAGAACGCUCUCCAUACGGAAGUAGUAGAGACAAAGAGCACAGAUCGUCAAGGGAAGGUUCCUCGACUCAAGUUAGUCGAAAAGCUAAAGGACCGUUGCCAUCCCAAGCCGCUUCCUUCCAAGCGAACGAGGAUCCCUCAAAGGCACUUGUGGCAGCAGGUGAUGUACCCGAGAAACAAAAACCGUCUCUUGCAUCAACUGGACUCCUGGCAGCAGCUUCGAACUCGGUCACGCAAGCAGACGGCAGCUCUAUUGCUCUCAAGUAUCACGAACCACCAGAAGCCCGAAAGCCACCUUCGAAAGACGAAUGGAAACUCUUUGUGUUCAAAGGUGCAGACAUUCUGGAGACUAUUGAGCUUAGUCUAAGGAGUUGCUGGUUGGUGGGAAGAGAGGUGGCUGUAGUGGAUAUGGCUGCAGAGCAUCCAAGUGUCAGCAAGCAACAUGCUGUCAUCCAGUUUCGCUAUGUUGAGAAGACGAAUGAAUAUGGGGACAAGCUAGGAAGAGUGAGGCCAUAUCUCAUUGAUCUUGAAUCAGCAAACGGCACAUCACUCAACAAGGAAGAGAUUUCUCCAAGUCGAUAUUUGGAAUUACGGGACAAGGAUAUGAUUCAGUUCGGACAUAGCACGCGCGAGUAUGUGUUGAUGCUCUCUCCCAAG